AAUGAAUCAGAAAACAAAUCCCUAGUUGGUGACGUACUAUUUUCUUUUUCGACUAUCUUGUUUCCCCUACAAAAUUCAACAUGGCUGAAGCUCGCCUCGUGGAUCAGAAAUCUACCUUUUCGAGCUUUUCCCAUCUGCUCGAUGCACGUAUUUUACGAGCCCUUGCUGAUAUGGGUUUUGCACGACCAACCCUCGUUCAGUCAAAAGCCAUUCCACUUGCCUUGGAAGGCCGCGAUAUCCUUGCUAGAGCACGUACGGGGAGUGGAAAGACUGCAGCCUAUUGUAUCCCUGUUGUGCAAAAGAUUUUAAGUGCAAAAGCUUCACUACCGCCUGAUGAUGAUGCUCAUACGAGCGCUCGUGUUUUAAUUCUUGUUCCAACACGAGAGCUAUCGGAACAGGUCACUGCGUACCUCAGAGGGUUGGUAGCAUAUUGCGAAAAAAAUAUUGUCCUGGCAAACGUUGCGUCUGGGGCCACAUCUCAUCUUCAAAGAGCAUUACUAGCGGACAAGCCGGAUAUCGUGAUAUCUACUCCCUCACGUACUUUGGGAUUUUUACAGUCCAAGGCACUAUCUCUCGCCUCUUUGGAUUCCUUGAUCAUCGAUGAAGCAGACCUCAUCCUAUCUUAUGGGCAUGAUGAAGAUAUCCGGCAGAUAUUUGGUGGAGAGUAUUUACCUAAAGUGUACCAGUCUUUUUUAAUGAGUGCUACGAUGACCGACGAUGUCGAAACUCUGAAAGGUCUUGCUCUUCGUAACCCUGCUAUAUUGAAAUUAGAAGAAGGCGAGGACGAAGCAGCGUCCUUGACUCAAUACGCAGUUCGGUGUUCUGAAGUCGACAAGUUUUUGCUUACAUAUGUUAUCCUCAAGCUCAAACUCAUCAAGGGAAAAUGCAUCCUUUUCGUCAAUGAUGUAGAUCGCUGUUAUCGUCUUAAGCUCUUCCUCGAGCAAUUUUCAAUCAAGAGUUGUGUUCUCAAUUCAGAACUACCGCUCAAUUCGAGAUACCACACCGUACAAGAAUUCAACAAAGGAGUUUAUGAUUAUAUCAUAGCCACAGACGAAAGUGGAGGUCGUGCAGAACAGGAUUCUGAUGAUGAGGCUGUAGAGGACCAACAAGCACAGGCUGAAGAGGAUGUAGCAGUCGUCCCAACGCAACGCGAAUCCACCGAUAUCGAAAAUGCCACAGAAGCAUUAGGCGAAGUUCAGAGUGAAACUGGUUCAAAAAAACGCAAAAGAACAGAAGGAUCUUCCACACCUGGACCGUCCAAAUCCCGCAAACGGAAACAUCGGAAAGGGAAAGAUAAAGAAUAUGGUGUUACGCGUGGUGUGGAUUUUGUCGACGUGGCUUGUGUGCUCAACUUUGACCUUCCAACUUCUUCACGAUCAUAUACACAUAGAGUGGGACGUACGGCUCGCGCUGGGAGGACUGGAAUGUCCCUUUCUUUCGUUGUUUCCGAAGAUCAAUGGGGAAAGAACAAAGCUGUGGGUUGCUUAGAAAGUGCAAAGAAAGAUGAGCUUGUCUUUUCGAAGAUUGAGAAGGAGCAGGCAGCGCGGGGAAGUAAGAUCAAAGAGUACAAUUUCGAUAUGAAGCAGGUAGAAGCCUUCAGGUAUCGUAUGGAAGAUGGAUUACGAGCAGUUACAAGGAGUGCGAUCAAGGAAGCUAGAGUCAAGGAGCUGAAAACGGAGAUCAUCAACUCGGAAAAACUUAAGGCGCAUUUCGAAGAUAAUCCUUUGGACUUGGAAUACCUUCGCCACGAUAAGCCUCUCCACCCUACACGAGUCCAAGCACACAUGAAACAUGUACCAAAAUAUUUGCUUCCUAAAAUUGCUGCAGUGGAUAGCGCAUUUGCUGAUGCUGAAUUGGAGCCCAAAGUAGGCUUCGUAUCUUUCAGAAAGACUUCCGCUCGGGGACGCGGGCGAGGUCGAGGUGGGGCCAGAGGCCGAGGGGGUAAACGAAAAUCCGACCCAUUGAAAAAAUUUGGUCAAUAAAGAAGUAGGUAUAAAUGAAGUCACAAUGAUGAUUUUGGCACGAGUUAUGGUCCAAAUACCACUUGUUUUUGUU